GAAAUCGAUUAACUGAGACUUGAACGAAUUAUUAUAACUUUGUCGGGAAGUUUCUUUAGCUGCCGCAUUACUUAAUUGAAGUACAACAUUGGUUUAAGUGUGUCAUACCUUGGAUGGUAACGUUAUUGCUUCAAUGGAGAUACACUACUGAAUGAAACAGACAAAACACUUGUAAUUAAACGCGCAUUUCCGUAUAUGAAAUUUUCAGAAUUAAAAAUAUUCUGUUGAUUUGUAAAAGUACAUGUUCUAAAUGUGUGGUUUUCCAAAGUGGUGGGGUUGUGUAAAUACACACAAGUUUCUUGCCAUAACCCAACUCAACAGUCUAUAUUAUAGAUGAAAAAGUACAAGAAUUUCAUUGUGAAGCAGUUUUUGUUUGUGCAUACGUUCAAAUGAACAAUUCUAAAGUAUAUCAGGCCACAUAUUAAUUAGAGGACAGAUGAGGCGAGAUGGCCAGUGAAAAUCACGGAACAGUGAAGGGAGAGCCGGCGCUAGUGAUGUCACCCUCCGGCCCCUCCUCCUCACAGGGCCAGCCCCUCCUGCCCUCAACCAGCAAACCCAUCCAAGAGCUGCCAGAUGAGCUGAUCCAAGCAGGCUGGUCCAAAUGCUGGAGCAAGCGGGAGAACCGGCCCUACUACUUCAAUCGCUUCACCAACCAGUCGCUGUGGGAGGUGCCGGUGCUGGGGCAGCAUGAUGUCAUCUCCGACCCCCUGGGUUUAAACGCAGCUCCGGCCUCGGGUGAGGGGGCCGGGGACCCCAGCCUGGGAAACGGGCAGCGCAAGAGACGCCUGUCUGAGGAGGCCCCUCAGGGGACCCCCAACAGUUUCAAGAGACCCAAGGUGGAGGCGAUGCCCGUGACUCCGACGACCCCCACCGUCCCCAUCUCCCCCAGCACGCCGGGGGCUAAGCCGUGGAGCUCCGGCACGGAGGACAAGCAGGCCCCGGCCCCGGCCCCGGCUCCCGCCCCGGCCCCCUACCGCCCUACAGCGGUGUACUGGGACCUGGACGUGCCGACCAACGCGGUGAUCCGGGAGAGGGCCCCGGCAGACCACCUCCCGCCCCACCCCGAGAUGGAGCUGCUGCGUGCCCAGCUGACCAGCAAGCUGCGCCAGCACUACCACGAGCUCUGCUACCAGCGAGAGGGGAUCGAGCCCCCCCGGGAGUCUUUCAACCGCUGGAUGCUGGAGCGCAAGGUGGUGGACAAGGGCAGCGACCCCCUGCUGCCCAGCGAGUGCGACCCGGUCAUAUCGCCCUCCAUGUUCCGCGAGGUGAUGAACGACAUCCCCAUCAGGUUGUCCCGCAUAAAAUACAAGGAGGAGGCCCGGAGGCUCCUGUUCAAAUACGCGGAGGCCGCCAAGAAAAUGAUCGACUCGAGGAACGCCACGCCGGAGAGCCGAAAGGUGGUGAAGUGGAACGUGGAGGACACCAUGAACUGGCUGAGGAAAGACCACUCCGCCAGCAAAGAGGACUACAUGGACCGCCUGGAGCACCUGCGCAAGCAGUGCGGACCGCACGUGACUGCGGUGGCCCGGGACUCCGUGGAGGGCAUCUGCACCAAGAUCUACCACAUCUCCGCCGAGUACGCGCGCCGCAUCCGCCACGCGCACCAGGCCCUGCUCAAGGACUGCAACAUCGCCGAUGGUCCAGAUCCCCCGGAGGUCCAGGACCGGUUGGUGUACUGCUACCCGGUUCGACUGGCGAUCCCCUCACCCCCCCAGCCCAGAGUCGAGCUGCACUUCGAGAACGACAUCGCCUGCCUGCGCUUCAAGGGCGAGAUGGUCAAGGUCAACCGCAACUACUUCAACAAGCUGGAGCUUCUCUAUCGGUACAGCUGCAUCGACGAUUCAAGGUUUGAGAAGUUCCUGUCACGGGUGUGGUGCCUUAUCAAGAGAUACCAGGUGUUGUUUGGUUCGGGUAUAAACGAGGGUACGGGCCUGCAGGGGGCGCUCCCCGUUCCCGUCUUUGAGGCUCUGCACAAGCAGUUCGGCGUCAGUUUCGAGUGCUUCGCCUCGCCGCUGAACAGCUACUUCAAACAGUUCUGCUCCGCCUUCCCGGACAUCGACGGCUUCUUCGGAUCCCGGGGGCCUUUCCUGAGCUUCCGUCCAGCCAGUGGUUCCUUUGAGGCCAACCCACCUUUCAGUGAGGAGCUGAUGGACACCAUGGUGACUCAUUUUGAGGAGCUCCUGGAGCGCUCGAACGAGCCGCUGUCCUUCAUCAUCUUCGUCCCGGAGUGGCGCAACCCUCCGACCCCGGCGCUGACCCGUAUGGAGGCCAGCCGCUUCCGCCGCCACCAGAUGACCGUGCCGGCGUUCGAGCAUGAGUACCGCAGCGGCUCCCAGCACAUCUGCAAGAGGGAGGAGAUGUACUACAAGGCGGUCCACGGCACGGCGGUGCUCUUCCUGCAGAACGCGGCCGGCUUCGCCAAGUGGGAGCCCACCCCGGAGAGGCUGCAGGAGCUGCAGGCGGCAUACCGCGUUUCGGGGCGCUCCCUGUCCUCCCCCGGACCCUCCUCCACCCCCACCCCCACCACCACCACCACCACCCCCCCCACCCCCUCCGCCAACGCGGCGGGGGACAAGGACCCCAAAAGCGAGCCGGAGGCGGCGAGCACGGACACUCCGGCGACCCCGGACAACGGCAGCCCCAAGGAAAAGACUCCCCCGAACGCCGCGGCCGUUUAAAGCAGGGUGAGGAGCGGAGGGAGUGUCUGAGGGGGAGGGGUGCUCGUCGUCGUGGGGGAGGGGUUAUGGGAACGGGGCGUGGUCAGGGCGGCACUGUGGGAGCGGGGGGUUGGGGGGCAUCUCGGUUUUAAUGUCUCGCCUCUGUGUACUCUCUCUGCCUGGACUUUUAUUUAAUAUUUAGUUGAACCAAGUUCAUUACUGUUGCUGUUUUUAUUACUGUUGUAGGCCGUAGCGGUAAUGGUAUUAGCCGUAGUUUUAACUAGUGAGAGUAGUUUGUUGUUGUUGCUGUCGUUAGUAUGAUUAUUAUUAUUUUUUUUUUUUUUUUACCAUCGUUGCUGUUGAUGAUGUCAUGAAUAAUCUGGUAAUUCUGGUUGUCGUUUAUUGGCCUUUAAACUUUAGUGCUAUGCUACAUGGCAUUGCUAUAUCUGGCAGUCAGAUUAUAGAAAAGAAGAAUAAGAAGGAAAAAAAAAAACACAUUUUGGGGGAGAGAAGUGGAGGCUCAGCGGGGCUUUUUUUCCUCCUUUUUAAAUCCCCUAAUCUCUCUGGAAGAGGAAGGGACGUGUAAUGAUCAGGCAGCUAUGUGUGUUAACCUUUCAGUCGGUUGCCCAGCCUUCCCACCACCGUCACCAUCACUAAUGCAGCGUCACACGUACAUGACAGCAGUUAUCUCUCUUUAGUUUCCAUGACGCCAGAACCUGUGUCAUGACGUGGCGUGAGCCAUUCUCUGUUUACAUGCUUUUCUGCUUUAUAUGCGAGUUAGGACAAGAGACUCUGAGGGGGGUUUGGGGGGUUUGGCUAUGGCUGAUUGGACGUUUCACCUGUGUUUAGGAAUUUCAUUUGUCCCCUUUCAUUUUUUUUUUUAAUACAGGUAAGAUUCAUUAAUAUGUUACAGUUGCAAUACAAAUUGGACUUAACUGCAGCAGCCAUGUUCAGCAGCAAAAAUUAAUCUCAAUAAACGCCUUUCCCUUUGCUUGAUUCAGAAAUUAGUUUGGUUAAGUUAGGUGGUGUUCUUUUUGGCUGGGCCGCAACAGCGGGGCCAGCCCUACAAACGCGAAUGUCUGAGACUGAGUGAGUUAUGAAGUUACACCAUUGGUCGGCUGGAGAGGUCCAGCCAUAUACUAGGUUUUGACCUGGUCUUGUUUCAUUAUUUUUGUUUUGUGUAAGAUAGGUAGCAUCUCGUUUGUGUUAGAAGGUUGCGAAUGAGUUGAAGCAGCAGUAGGUUAUGAGCGAGAGAAGCUGGCCAGAAAAAGGCCUGCUGUUUCUGCGGUCUGCCAGACUUAUCCUGUGCCAGACCUGGGUCAAAUACGUAUUUGUUUUGGAUUCAAAUAAUUUUCUACGCUUUACUGAUCUUGUCUGUUGUAUUGGAACCAAUUAAAUACUCUCAAAAAGUGCAAACCCCACCUUCUGGUCAUACUGGCUGGGUCAGUUACACCAGGCAAGAUCAAUAGAGCACAGAAAAGCAUUUGAAUCCAAAACAAAUACAUAUUUGACCCAGGUGUGUCCUAUACCGUCUCAUUCUGUGCUCUGACUGGCCGGCUGUUGGUCCCAAUACUUUGACCUCUUUUAUUGUGUGUAAUCUCACAGUAGUUUAUGAUGUCACUGAACAACUUUUUGAUUGUAGCACACCUUAUGUCCAAAAUACUGUGCGCGAAUGCACAGAACUACCCUUUUUAAAAUUUAUUUAUGGUUUAUUUAAAGAAGAAUAAACCUUCCUUUUCCCAGAAAUAAUCCUCAGCCUUUAAUCUGUCCAUAGGGAGCGCCAUACCCCUUAUUCACUGAAGUUCAUUUUGCCAGAAAAGUGUGCUUGGUUGUGAAAACCAGGUUUUCACCUAGCAGAUAUAUAUAUGGUCAGCCUGGAGACACUAGGGAUAAAUCUUCAGACAAGAACCCACUACGUUGCCGCUUGUUGUAUACUUGUAUUCAAAAUCUGAAAAAAAAAAAAAAGUUUUCUAAAUUGACAAAUCUUUCCUGUGGUUUCAACAGUUUCAGGUUUCAACAGUGACGUUAUAUGAACGGCACACAUUAGUGGCAUGCAAAAACCGAAGUUAAUGAAUGGGGUAUGUGGUUUUUGCUUUUUGCAAUCAUUAGAAUAGUAUUUACUAUUUGUACACAUGUUUACACUAGUAUGAGAUUAUAGUGCAUCACUGGGCAGCAUUAUGAAUGUAAAAUUUUUUUUUUUUUUUUUUUUUUAAAGCAAAACAUAUUAAAUUAGUGCAGCAUAUUUCAGUAUUUAGUAGUGAGGCUGUGGAAAAUGGAUAAAGAAGUAAUUGAGAAUAAAAAAUGUACUAAAAAAAACCAGUUCAGUCCUCCUGUGAAAAUUGACUUCCUCAUCGUGACUAGUGGUACAAUGCACCAACUCAUUUGGAGACUACACUUUGCGCCUGUACAGGCAAUGUUUUUUAUGUGUGCGCUUGUUUUUAAUGCAGAAUACUUGUCCGUGCAAGUUUAAAAACAAUACAGUCUGUUGUACAAUAUUCGGUCGCUUAGCUUGGCCUCGUUUGUACAUAUUAGCAGUUAGCGUUUUUAUUGCGAAAUUUAGACGAAAGCUUUGGGAAAGGCUAAUUCUGUUCAUGCUGCUGAUAUUCAACGACAAUUUGAUUCUUAUUAAUUUGAUACCCUUAGGGUGGCAUUGUGCCAUCUUGCUUUUGGGCAAAAAAAAUCAGGCCCUGCAUUAUUCUCCAUUAGAGCCAUGAGCAUCAGAUGGAUAUUCAAAUCCCCGUGUGUUUCUGUCACCAGCAAAGACAUUGUAGAUAUUGUACAGAAAUUGGUAUGAAUUGUGUUCUUUUUUCUCUCUGCUACACAGUUGUAUCGAGCUGUUUAGAAGAUUAAGUGUAUGUUGUCUCUUUUCUCCAUGAUUUUUGUUUUCCGAAAUUCUGAUUUUUGUUUUAAUUUAACAAAACUUUUUUUAAAAAUGAAAUAAUUCAUAAAAAUGUUUGUUAUGAAUUAUACAAUUUAUGGAAUAGAAAAUGUUUUAAACUAAACCAAAGUGUUAUUAAAGAAUAAAAAAAUCUAUCUUGUAUGUAAAAGUAGAAUUGUUUAUGAAUGCAACAGUAAUACACAGGUGUAACCAGCUAAAUUACCCCUGGAGUUUAUUUUUAUAAUUCGUGUUUUGUUUGGGUGAAAGAUGGAUUUUUCCUGUCUGGAAUUUACUUUGCAUGAUCAGAUAUUUUUCACUCACAGAAAGUAUAAUAUAACUAUACAAAAUGACAUUCAUAUAAAUUAGUCCAUAGGCUAUCUGUAGUAAUGAGUCAACUUUACUCUGUAUCAUCUUCAUUUUUAUAUGUGUGAUAAUAUGUAUAUAUAAAGAUUUUCAAAUGUG